AUGUCCGAAGAAGUAGUGUUAGAAUUAGCGUCGCAACAAGUCAUUAAAUUUUUGCUCGGCGAGCAAAAAUUCAUAGAAAAAUGGCAAUCGGAGACGAGAAGAAAUUUAGAAGAGAAUCAGAGGAGGUAUCAGGAUGAUGAGGGAAUCGAUUUAAGGAAACCCUCCACGUCUACAUCAUCCUCCUCCCACUCAAAAACACCACAUCCAUACAUAAUUUCCAUCCAAACAGCAGUCAUUGAGUUGACAAGUACUAUUCAAUAUUUUAUUGAGACAUUCGAAGCGAAUGUUGAUCCCCGAAAUUGCUUCAUCUCAACAGACCGAACGCAUCAAAAUCGAGAAGUCAGUGAACUUUUCGAUGCGGGUCUCAAAGUGGAACAUCUCAAAAAGUUGGCAAUGGAAAAUAAGGAGGAGAGAGAGAAUAUUGCGAUGCACAUCGGAACGGCGUGUCGACGAGUGGGGCUUGUGUUGAAGACAUUCGGGAAGCGGUUUCAGGGCCAACCGUCAAUCGAAAUUCAAUGUCUCGUUCCGGUGAUCCACCGAUUCUGUCGUCUUUUCUACACAAUUUCCUCGGAAAUCUUGCGGUUUUCCGAAAAUUUUCGAUCGAAAAAUCGGAAAUUAUUAAAAUCGAUCGGAAAAUCGAUAGAAGAGUCAGCGAAUGAGUUCAAUCUAAAAGUGUUGGCUGAUGUAGAGACGAUCGAAAAACAUCUGAAAAAUGAAGAAAAACGAAAGAAACCGCAAGCUCCGCCCACUUUUCACCACAUGCCGUCUCCAGUGGAUUACGGUAUUCAAACGAGAAGACAGCAACGACUUGCCACGUCGAUACAACAAGUAUUGGGCAGAAGACGUGACGAGGAUUCAGAUGACGUCAUCGCGAGAUUCAGAAGACCACAUCCACCUGGUGGCAUCGCCACGUCGAUAAUUCAGAAGAGACGGGGAUUCUUGAUGGAUGAUAACUUGAUGAAGGCCCGUCAACGCAUCGCCCGAAUUGUUCCAAAAACUCGAGACUCUCCACGUCACGUGACUCCUACCCUGAAUAUCGAUAAGAACUCGUCAAUGACUCCAGAAGAUCCAGAUGACGUCAUCAUGAAAUCGGCCAAGAAAUUGACAGAACUGGUGUUGGAUGACAUGAGGAAAACUAUCAAAUAUUAG